UCUCUCUAGUUCCCGGUGAUCUGGCCAGCAGGGGAACAAAACGUUUCUGAAAUGUGCUUCCACUCAGCUAGAUAAAUGUUUUACUCAAGUGAAAUCUAAACCCAUCCCGGAGCGGAGACACAUGCCUUUUUUUCGGGGGUGUUUCUAUUUUAUAAUGGGUGUUGCAGAGUGAACCGACAGAGAGUCCCGGGGCAGAGCGUCGCCAAGAGUCCGGAGGCUGAGGUCUGUGUGCGCCUUUUCUUGGAAAGCCUCCCAAAAAAGCUCAGUUUUGCCAAAGAGAACCUGCGGAGGCACUCAGCCGCGGAGCAGACUCAGCACUUUGGACACAUUCUGUCGGAGGAUUUCUCCUUUCUGAGCCCGGAGGAUCAUCUCACAGUUUGAUGGACUUAAAACAACCGGAGGAUUCAUUGGAUUCAUUAAUUUAACAGACGCGUACAUUUUUGGAGAUGUGACGUGGUCCAAACUUUCCGCCACUGAAAGACUUUGAUUUUCCCUUGAAAAUUGAGGAUUAUUACAAAGUGUUGGAUGUGUGUGUGACAUGAUAUGACCUCCUGGGAUUAUUCUUAUGCACACGGAUGGUUGAGAUUUUUUGGAUGUAACUUUUACGCACAGUCUUUUUUCGCGUUGUCUGGCACACAGAGGUUUCCUGAGCAGAAGGAAUGAUCUGAAACACUUCUCUGGCUCUGUGCUGCUCGCUGUAUGUCUUCAUCUGGAGUUCAUUCUUUUAUGAAAUGCACUAAAGACGCACCAGGAUCACUGGAUCUCUAUCUCUCCCCCCUCAGUACAUCUAACUGUAUCUCGCCACAAUGCGGGGGGCUUUAAUUCUCACUUUAUCUCUAGUAUAUCUGCUAACUUGGACAGGUGAAGCAGACAAACAGACUCAAAUGAAGAAAGCACAAUUACGCAGGCGCGCGAGACAGGGACUUGGCCCAAAUGGGGGUCUCGCGAGGCGCAUGCAUCUUGGGUUUGGUUCUGCUUUAUCCGUGCACAGUCCCACAAAGGAGGAAGACGUGCAGGCGGAUGAAGGAGCUCCAGUUUACACCAGGACUGUGCAGGGCAGAAGAGCAGGAGGUGUGACGUCACGGAGAGGGGUGAUGCAGGAUGAGGCAGCGCGAGGCAGGGUGCCCCGAGGACCCAGCAGCCAGAGCUCGGGGUCUCCAAACCUUCUGGCCACAUUCGCAGAGAACCGGGUUCUGGUGAUUUCUGCUCCCCACGAAUCAGACGGAUACUACCGGAUGAUGAUGUCUCUUCUGAAGUCAGAUGUUUACUGCGAGCUGGCAGAGAGACACGUGCACCAGGUGGUCAUCUUCCAUCGAGGGGAGAUGGGGGGGAAGGUGAGGAGGAUCACCAAGGAGGGGAAGGUGAUGGAGGAACCGCUGGACACCGCUCUCAUCCCCAGACUCAUGAGCUUCCUCAAACUGGAGAAAGGUAAGUUUGGGAUGGUGCUGCUGAAGAAGACGCUGCAGGUGGUGGAGAGGUACCCGUACCCAGUGAGGCUGGAGGCGAUGUACGAGGCGAUCGACCAGGCGCCCGCGAGGAAGAACGAGAAGCUCAGACAGAAAGGAUUCGUGCAGAAAUGCAAAGCUGCAGGAGUGGAGGGUCAGGUGGAGGAGGGCACGCUCACAGAUACACCAGUACAAAGAUUACCACACAAGAAGAUCCCAAGAAAGCCCCAAAUAACAACAACAACAACCACAGCUGCCACAACAACAACAACAACAACCACCACACGACCAACCACCACAACUCGGCCCACCACCACCAAGAGAGCAACAACCACCACCACGACAAAAGCAACAACAACAACAACCACCAAACCCACCACCACCACCAGAAGAACCACCACAAAGAGAUUCACCACCACCAACACUCAGAGACCCACCAGAGCCCAGACGACCUCCCAGUGGCUCCCAGUCCCCAGGACCACAGCUGACCCCUCCCACUACAGCAGAGUGAGGGAGAGGAACCAGGUGAAGACCACCCCGUCUGGAGAUAACCGAACGGAUAAAGACAACAGAGAUCCAAACAGCCGCAAACUGGUUCCCUCCACUCAAAAACCAUCAAAGAUCAAACCUGCCAAGAGGAAGAACGCGGGAGGAAAGGUGAUGACAAAUGAGUACGAGGACAGGUUUGAAGCGGGCAAACCCACAGUGAGUGAUCCGGAGGAAACCUUCACCAGCAUCAGUCCCACCAAGAGGGUGAAGGGAAAACACGAUAAGCUCGACAAGAGGAAGAAAAAGAAUGACAAGGCUGGCAAGAAAGGCGAGAGGAGAGGAGGAAAGGCCGGGAAGAGGGGAAAGAAAAAUGGAAAGAAGUUGUCAAAGUACCCGGAGAAAGAGGACUUCCCGAAGCCCACUAAGAAGCCGACGCCCGCUCCGAAGGGAUCUCUGGCCUCCUUCCUCGACUACUUUGAGAACAGGAGGCGACUGCUGCUGAUCACGUCCCCCGGGGAGGAGAGCAACAUGUACGUUCAGCAGAGAGAUGAGUACCUGGAGUCUGUGUGUGAAAUGGCCAUCAGGAAAGUUUCCAUCAUCACCAUCUUCGGCUCGCUGAGCAACUCCACCAUGAAGAUCGACCACUACCAGCUGGAGAACGAUAAGCCGAUGAAGGGUCUGCGUCAGGAGGACUUGGUGAACCAGGAUCUGAUCACAGAGCUGAGGAAAGAGUUCAGCAUGACGUAUGAUGACUUCUACAUGGUGCUAACAGACGGAGACAUGAGGGUCAAG